UUUAUUUUGGUAUUCAUCAUUCGUCAUCAUCAAUCUCAUCAUUCACGCUUCUUCCUCUGUCUCUCUCUCUCGCAUUCCUUCUCUCUGAGAGAGUUUCUUUGCAUCAUUGCAUAUUUUCUCGAUUGAAACCCUAGGGUUUUGAUCGAUACUUUAAUUUAUUUUCCCUACUAAAAUCGAAUCGAUAUUACUUUAUUGAUCAGAUCUUGACAUUCCCAAGUUAAACCCUUUCACUCGAUCAAAUUUUGAUUGGCUUUGUCUAAUUUCAUUGAAGAAAGAAGGAAAAAUGCCGGCAGUUUACGGAGCCAGAUUGACGACAUUUGAGGAUUCAGAGAAAGAGAGUGAAUACGGUUAUGUUCGUAAGGUGUCAGGACCAGUUGUUGUUGCAGAUGGAAUGGCUGGUGCUGCCAUGUAUGAAUUAGUCCGUGUUGGACAUGAUAAUCUUAUCGGUGAAAUUAUUCGGUUGGAAGGAGACUCUGCUACAAUCCAAGUUUAUGAAGAAACGGCUGGCUUGAUGGUGAAUGAUCCAGUUCUGCGGACACACAAGCCUCUGUCAGUUGAGUUAGGACCAGGAAUAUUGGGAAAUAUUUUUGAUGGCAUUCAGAGGCCUUUGAAAACUAUUGCUAAAAGAUCGGGUGAUGUGUAUAUCCCUCGUGGAGUUUCUGUCCCCGCUCUUGACAAAGAUAUCCUUUGGGAUUUUCAGCCUAAGAAAAUAGGUGAGGGGGACCUUCUAACUGGUGGAGACCUAUAUGCUACUGUCUUUGAAAACAGUUUGAUGCAACAUCAUGUUGCCCUUCCUCCUGAUGCAAUGGGAAAAAUCACUUACAUUGCCCCUCCUGGUCAAUAUUCAUUAAAGGAUACGGUGCUGGAGCUUGAGUUUCAAGGUGUCAAAAAACAAUUCACCAUGCUUCAGACAUGGCCUGUACGUACACCAAGACCUGUCGCAACAAAGCUUGCUGCAGAUACCCCUCUGCUUACCGGACAGCGUGUUCUUGACGCCCUAUUCCCCUCAGUUCUUGGUGGAACUUGUGCUAUUCCUGGUGCAUUUGGCUGUGGUAAAACCGUGAUUAGUCAAGCUCUUUCCAAGUACUCUAAUUCUGAUGCUGUUGUCUAUGUCGGUUGUGGAGAGCGAGGAAACGAAAUGGCUGAGGUUCUUAUGGAUUUCCCUCAAUUGACAAUGACAUUGCCUGAUGGUCGUGAAGAAUCUGUCAUGAAGCGCACAACACUUGUGGCUAACACUUCUAACAUGCCCGUGGCUGCCCGUGAAGCCUCGAUUUAUACUGGGAUCACUAUAGCCGAAUACUUCAGAGAUAUGGGCUACAAUGUUAGUAUGAUGGCAGAUUCAACAUCUCGUUGGGCAGAAGCAUUGCGUGAAAUUUCUGGACGGCUGGCAGAAAUGCCUGCUGAUAGUGGAUAUCCUGCUUAUCUGGCAGCAAGAUUAGCCUCUUUCUAUGAACGUGCUGGUAAAGUUAAAUGCCUUGGUGGGCCAGAACGUACUGGUAGUGUCACAAUUGUUGGUGCUGUCUCUCCUCCUGGAGGAGAUUUCUCCGACCCUGUGACAUCUGCAACCCUCAGUAUUGUCCAGGUUUUCUGGGGUCUUGACAAGAAACUUGCUCAGAGGAAGCAUUUCCCUUCUGUCAACUGGCUUAUUUCAUACUCAAAAUACUCAGGGGCAUUGGAAUCGUUCUAUGAGAAGUUUGAUCCAGAUUUUAUUAACAUUAGGACAAAGGCCCGAGAGGUGCUUCAGAGGGAAGAUGAUCUGAAUGAAAUUGUUCAGCUUGUUGGGAAGGAUGCUCUAGCUGAAACAGAUAAGAUCACUCUAGAAACCGCUAAACUUUUAAGGGAAGAUUAUCUUGCUCAGAAUGCAUUUACUCCAUAUGACAAGUUCUGCCCAUUCUACAAGUCUGUUUGGAUGAUGCGCAACAUUAUUCAUUUCAAUAGUUUGGCCAACCAGGCGGUAGAGAAAGCGGCGGGGAUGGAUGGUCAGAAGAUAACAUACAGUCUUAUCAAGCAUCGUCUGGGAGAUCUCUUUUAUCGAUUAGUGUCACAAAAAUUCGAAGAUCCAGCAGAAGGAGAAGAAGCUCUCGUGGCAAAAUUCAAAAAACUUAACGAGGACCUGGCGGCUGGUUUCCGUGCAUUAGAGGAUGAGACUAGGUGAACGGAAGUUUAAAAGAUUGGACGCUUUCCCCGACCUAGUCCAGGUUUGAAUUGUUGGGGAUAAAAUCACUAGGGCUUUCUCUCUGAGUGUACCAAAAUUAUAUCUUGGUAGAUGGAUGUUGUGCCGGCGCUGUAGCUUUUGUUGGCCUGAAUUCUAGACUGCUACAUAGCUUUGAAUUCAUUAUGUAUUAUUGUCUGCCCUUCCGUUUUUUAUUUAUGUAUCAUGCAAUAAGAUGUAUAUUUUUCCUUUCAUUUUGGGUGGGAAAAUAAUACUAAUAUAAUAAGCUCUGUAUUCAGUAUUAAUGUAUCAUGCGCUUAUUGCCUUUAUUAAUAAGAAGUUAAUAUGCCAUUUUUC